UGUCUCUGGGUUCCCGCCCAGGCCUUGAGACAGGAAACAGCCGAGGAGGCCCCUCCUUCCCCUCCCAGCCCAGUCACUUCUUCUCAACCCCAUCUCCCCAUCUGCCCUGUGGGGUUAACCCCAGGAGCCAGCCCUGACUCACAGCACCCAGUGCAGUCUUGGGCAAGUCUGUUUCCUUUGCAAAACCGGUGGUCAUGUUUCCAGUGACCUUGGGACCACUGGGGAGACCACUGUGGACCCCAAAUUCUAUGCCGCAAUGGGGACAGUCUCUGAGUGGCUCAGCUCACCCAGGAUGGCACCAGGGAGACGCAAGGUUCGAGAAGGGCCGCAUCUACACCUACAUCGGUGAAGUGCUGGUGUCCGUGAACCCCUACCAGGAGCUGCCCCUGUAUGGGCCUGAGGCCAUCGCCAGGUACCAGGGCCGUGAGCUCUAUGAGCGGCCACCCCAUCUCUAUGCUGUGGCCAACGCCGCCUACAAGGCAAUGAAGCACCGGUCCAGGGACACCUGCAUCGUCAUCUCAGGAGAGAGUGGGGCAGGGAAGACAGAAGCCAGUAAGCACAUCAUGCAGUACAUCGCUGCUGUCACCAAUCCAAGCCAGAGGGCUGAGGUGGAGAGGGUCAAGGACGUGCUGCUCAAGUCCACCUGUGUGCUGGAGGCCUUCGGCAAUGCCCGCACCAACCGUAAUCACAACUCCAGCCGCUUUGGCAAGUACAUGGACAUCAACUUCGACUUCAAGGGGGACCCGAUUGGAGGACACAUCCACAGCUACCUACUGGAGAAGUCUCGGGUCCUCAAGCAGCACGUAGGUGAAAGAAACUUCCACGCCUUCUACCAAUUGCUGAGAGGCAGUGAGGACAAGCAGCUGCAUGAACUGCACUUGGAGAGAAACCCUGCUGUAUACAAUUUCACACGCCAGGGAGCAGGACUCAACGUGACUGUGCACAGUGCCUUGGACAGUGAUGAGCAGAGCCACCAGGCAGUGACCGAGGCCAUGAGGGUCAUCGGCUUCAGUCCUGAAGAGGUGGAGUCUGUGCAUCGCAUCCUGGCUGCCAUAUUGCACCUGGGAAACAUUGAGUUUGUGGAGACGGAGGAGGAUGGGCUGCAGAAGGAGGGCCUGGCAGUGGCCGAGGAGGCGCUGGUGGACCAUGUGGCUGAGCUGACGGCCACACCCCGGGACCUUGUGCUCCGCUCCCUGUUGGCUCGCACAGUUGCCUCGGGAGGCAGGGAACUCAUAGAGAAGGGCCACACUGCAGCUGAGGCCAGCUAUGCCCGGGAUGCCUGUGCCAAGGCAGUGUACCAGCGGCUGUUUGAGUGGGUGGUGAACAGGAUCAACAGUGUCAUGGAACCCCGGGGCCGGGAUCCUCGGCGUGAUGGCAAGGACACAGUCAUUGGCGUGCUGGACAUCUAUGGCUUCGAGGUGUUUCCCGUCAACAGUUUCGAGCAGUUCUGCAUCAACUACUGCAACGAGAAGCUGCAGCAGCUAUUCAUCCGGCUCAUCCUGAAGCAGGAGCAGGAGGAGUAUGAGCGCGAGGGCAUCACCUGGCAGAGUGUUGAGUACUUCAACAACGCCACCAUUGUGGAUCUGGUGGAGCGGCCCCACCGUGGCAUCCUGGCCGUGCUGGACGAGGCCUGCAGCUCUGCCGGGACCAUCACUGACCGAAUCUUCCUGCAGACCCUGGACACGCACCACCGCCACCACCUACACUACACCAGCCGCCAGCUCUGCCCCACAGACAAGACCAUGGAGUUUGGCCGAGACUUCCGGAUCAAGCACUAUGCAGGGGACGUUACGUACUCUGUGGAAGGCUUCAUCGACAAGAACAGAGAUUUCCUCUUCCAGGACUUCAAGCGUCUGCUGUACAACAGCACGGACCCCACUCUGCGGGCCAUGUGGCCGGAUGGGCAGCAGGACAUCACAGAGGUGACCAAGCGCCCCCUGACGGCUGGCACACUCUUCAAGAACUCCAUGGUGGCCCUGGUGGAGAACCUUGCCUCCAAGGAGCCCUUCUACGUCCGCUGCAUUAAGCCCAAUGAGGACAAGGUAGCUGGGAAGCUGGACGAGAACCACUGUCGCCAUCAGGUCGCAUACCUGGGGCUGCUGGAGAACGUGAGGGUCCGCAGGGCUGGCUUCGCUUCCCGCCAGCCCUACUCUCGAUUCCUGCUCAGGUACAAGAUGACCUGUGAAUACACAUGGCCCAACCACCUGCUGGGCUCCGACAAGGCAGCUGUGAGCGCUCUCCUGGAGCAGCACGGGCUGCAGGGGGAUGUGGCCUUUGGCCACAGCAAGCUGUUCAUCCGCUCACCCCGGACACUGGUCACACUGGAGCAGAGCCGAGCCCGCCUCAUCCCCAUCAUUGUGCUGCUAUUGCAGAAGGCAUGGCGGGGCACCUUGGCGAGGUGGCGCUGCCGGAGGCUGAGGGCUAUCUACACCAUCAUGCGCUGGUUCCGGAGACACAAGGUGCGGGCUCACCUGGCUGAGGUGCAGCGGCGAUUCCAGGCUGCAAGGCAGCCACCACUCUACGGUCGUGACCUUGUGUGGCCGCUGCCCCCUGCUGUGCUGCAGCCCUUCCAGGACACCUGCCACGCACUCUUCUGCAGGUGGCGGGCCCGGCAGCUGGUGAAGAACAUCCCCCCUUCAGACAUGCCCCAGAUCAAGGCCAAGGUGGCCGCCAUGGGGGCCCUGCAAGGGCUUCGUCAGGACUGGGGCUGCCGACGGGCCUGGGCCCGAGACUACCUGUCCUCUGCCACUGACAAUCCCACAGCAUCAAGCCUGUUUGCUCAGCGACUAAAGGCACUUCAGGACAAAGAUGGCUUCGGGGCUGUGCUCUUUUCAAGCCACGUCCGCAAGGUUAGACAAGGGACAAGGAUGGCUUCAGGGCUGUGCUCUUUUUCUAGCCACAUCUGCAAGGUGAACCGCUUCCACAAGAUCCGGAACCGGGCUCUCCUGCUCACAGACCGGCACCUCUACAAGCUGGACCCUGACCGGCAGUACCGGGUGAUGCGGGCGGUGCCCCUUGAGGCGGUGACGGGGCUGAGCGUGACCAGCGGAGGAGACCAGCUGGUGGUGCUGCACGCCCGCGGCCAGGACGACCUCGUGGUGUGCCUGCACCGCUCGCGGCCGCCACUGGACAACCGCGUUGGGGAGCUGGUGGGCGUGCUGGCCGCACACUGCCAGGGGGAGGGCCGCGCCCUGGAGGUUCGCGUCUCCGACUGCAUCCCACUAAGCCAUCGCGGGGUCCGGCGCCUCAUCUCCGUGGAGUCCAGGCCGGAGCAGCCAGAGCCCGAUUUCCGCUGCUCUCGCGGCUCCUUCACCCUGCUCUGGCCCAGCGGCUGAGCGCCCGCACCCGCCGCACCCCGAGGCCGCCGAUUGUCCGCCCCGCCCGCGCUGCAAAUAAACCUUCUGAGUCAGCCCUCCUGCUUGCCGCUCCU